UUGAGAAGAAGAGCAAAAGAUGGCGAGCUCAAACAAUCCACGUAAAUUUAGCGAGAAAAUCGCUUUACAUAAUCAGAAACAGGCGGAGGAGACUGCGGCUUUCGAAGAAGUGAUGAAAGACCUAAACAUUACUAGAGCUGCACGGUUGCAGUUACAGAAGACCCAGUAUUUGCAACUAGGGCAGAAUCGUGGACAGUACUAUGGAGGCUCACUGCCCAAUGUCAAUCAGAUUGGAAAUAGCAACAUUGACCUGCCUUUUCAGAAUUCCGCUUUGGACACCAGUCGGUCGACCAGGCAUCACGGGCUGGUGGACCGUGUUUACCGCGAUCGGAACCGCAUAACCUCCCCCCAUCGCCGGCCCAUCUCUGUGGACAAACAUGGCCGCCAGAUUGACAGCUGCCCCUAUAGCUCAGUGUACCUCUCACCCCCACCGGAUACAAGUUGGAGGAGGACAAACUCCGACUCAGCCCUACACCAGAACACCAUGAACCCUGUGCCCCAGGAUGCGUUUGCAGGGGGAUCACAAGAGCUACAGCCUAAACGAGUGCUGCUGCUUACGGUGCCUGGGACUGAGGAGUCUGAAUCAAGCGCAGACAAGGAUACACAGUGGGAUAACAAAAAGAAUGACUCAUCAAGAAACAAGUCCUGCGAAGUCCCUGGGAUCAAUAUAUUUCCAUCACCAGAUCAGGAAGUGAACACGUCAUUGAUCCCAGCCACGCUGAAUACGGGAGGCUCCCUGCCUGAUCUGACCAACAUCCAGUUCCCCCCACCGCUGCCCACUCCGCUGGACCCAGACGACACUGUGGCGUUUCCUUCCCUUAGCUCUUCCAACAGCACAGGCAACCUGACCACCAACGUCACCCACCUCGGCAUCAGUGCUGCCAGCCAUGGGAACACCACCACCUCUCAGCCUACAAUGACUAUGGCAGCCCAGCGCAGGCAGCCCACCCUGAUCCCCCUAACCCUCAACGCAGACCCCCAGCCACAGCAGUCCCCGCAGCAGCUCUCCCCCACGCUGUCGCCCCCUCUCAACAUCCAGGCGGUGGCGAUGGAGGCCUUUACUCUGGAGCAACAGCUAUCCCAGUAUGCUUUCUUUAGCCAGCUGACAGCGCAGGCCCAGGCCCAAGUGCUCAAUGACCUGCAGCAGCAGGCCCUGCCCCAGGGCAUCAGGCUGAUCACCCUGGCCACCACCACUGCCCCCACAGCCACCCAGUCCUCCCAGGACAGCCAGAUCCAGACGCCCGCAAGCGUCAACAUCAACUCGUACCGCAAUCAGACAGGCUCUCCGGCCAAUCAGUCUCCAACCUCCCCAGUCUCCAAUCAAGGCUUCUCCCCUGGCGGCUCGCCUCAACACAUUCCAGUGGUGGGCAGUAUAUUUGGGGAUUCGUUCUACGAUCAGCAGCUAGCAUCUCGGCAGACCAAUGCUCUCUCCCACCAGCUCGAGCAGUUCAAUAUGAUUGAGAACCCCAUCAGCUCCAAUAGCCUAUACAGCCAGUGCUCUACCCUCAACUACACACAAGCAGCCAUGAUGGGCCUUACAGGGAGCAGCCUGCACGACUCCCAGCAGUUGGGUUACAGUAGCCAUGGCAACAUCCCUAACAUCAUCCUCACAGUCACAGGUGAGUCUCCACCCAGCCUCUCUAAGGAGUUAACCAACUCACUGGCUGGUGUUGGAGAUGUCAGCUUUGACGCGGACUCUCCGUUCCCAUUGGAUGAGCUGAAGAUCGACCCUCUCACCCUGGACGGACUGCACAUGCUCAAUGACCCCGACAUGGUUCUGGCUGACCCUGCCACUGAGGACACGUUCAGGAUGGACAGGCUGUAAUGCAGAAUGCUGGCUGUGGCCAACAAAAAAAUUACCCUGGGAAGAAAGGGAAACGAGGCAUGGUGGGGGUGAAUCAUCUCCCCAGUUUCAUGGCCGUUCAGCUAUCUGAUCUCACCCUCAAGUCCUUUGAAAUUAUAUGCCAUCAAAAACCAUUGCAGAGAAGAACAUGCAAUGACUUGUUGGGUUUGGGAAGGGCAUAGCUGUCAUUUCCAAUGAGAUUGUUAGUUGGUCAGAGCUUUGCUAGCCUGCUGCGUUAUUUAUAUAUGUGUGUGUGUGUGUGUGUGUGUGUGUGUGUAUAUAUCUCAUUACUUACCAUAUAUCCCACCGUGUCACAGUUGAACAGAUUUUAUCUCCUUUUUAUUUUAUUACAUUUUUUCAUUAUUUAUUUUUUUACAACUCUACAUUUUGCGAUUUCAAAAGCAAAAAGCCACUAGGAAGAUGAGCUGCACCAUACGUAUCAUGAAUACUGUGUACAAUAUUAUGUGCAAAAUACCACAUCCAAGUUAUUUCUACCCUAUAAUUGAAAUUGAUUAUCUUUCCCUACCCACCAUAACAGCUUUAUACUUCACACUCAAAGCUUUAUUUUUAUUGACAACCAAAUGUUAAUGUUAGUAUGUUGGAUUGUUAUAUAUUUAAAUGUUUAUUUAUUGAAAUAUUUAUUAAUUUAGUUGAAUGUCUUUUUUAUUAUGUUGCAUUUCAAAAUGUGUUUGAGUUCGAUGCCAAAAUUGCUCUGCUGUGGUCAUAUUGUACAUACUGCACUGAUGUUAUUUAUGUGUAUUUAUUCAUUUCUAACCUACAUACUGUAUUUAUUAAGCUACUCUGUUAACUUAAGGAGUACAAAUCCUCCCCAUAUUUGCUCAUAAGCUCUAACGGGUGCCAGUUGCUACGACAUCUCGCUAGAUAGAAUUAGCUUCGGCCUCUUAAAAUAUAGUAUAGGGUCUGCAAGUGUUCACCCAUGUUUUUAUCACUUACAUGGGCCAGAAAUCUUUGGGUUUUGUCUUGUGCCAACUCGGUUGUUUUAAGUUUGUUAUAAUUAAUGAGAAACAUGUACAACAGAUGCUUGCAUUUUAGCAGCUGAUAAGGUUAAGCAAAUGUGACAAUGAAAACACUGUAAAGGCAAAUUCCCAAAACAAGAUGGCCAUAUUUCUCCUUUGCUUGUUGAAAAUGGAUAUCCAGAUUGAAUGCCUCCUGAAAAUCUGAAGGAUACAAUGUCCUCAGAAACCUAUUGAACUUGUCACUGUGAGAUCACCUGAUUUUGCCUUACAUAUUGAGUAUUAUACUGUUUUUAAGUCUUAACUAAUGUGACAAUGUAUUUUCUUAACUUCUCGUAAUAUUUUCUUGUAUUUGAGAGGACUUUUAACUCCUAGUCAGUGACUAUAUUUGUUAUGUAGUGUAAAGUUCGACAAAUAACUGUACUGUAUUUUUUUACUGGUACACUUUCUAGCCAAAUUCUUGAUGAUUUUGUAAAAAAAAGCAAAUAUUGGGUUCAGAUUUGUGAUGGAGAGUGCAAAUAUGGGUAGGGUUUCUGCUUCUUAAAGGGAAACUGACAAAAACGCACAAAAUGAUUUUGUGCUCCUUACCCCAGAUUUUGGUAGAAAAUUGUAUGGAACAAUUACAAUAUGACUUAUAUAUUAUAUUUGGUUAUUCCCUCCAGAUUAUGGCUGGUAGAAAACAAGCUGAACAUUACAUUUUAUGCACACAGCGAAAUUGGUCCCAAAAUACAUGUAGAACUUCACAAAAGUGGUUAAAAUUGAUGAAGAGAUUUUGUCCAUACACCAAUUUGCCUUUUAAUUUUACUCUAUCUUUCCCUCCGAUUCAUAUUCUAACAUUUUUGUUUAAAAAACGAAUAUAGUGGUUGGAGGUAAGUGACUAGAUUGCAACUUGGCUAAAUUGGACGUUCUAUGGGCUGAGAUCGUUUUCAUACUCAAGGCAUCGUGUCAACUAUAUUAUUUGUUUGGUGAAGAACACAAUAUCAAGCUUUUAUUUUUCAGUUCACCUUUAAAAUGUUGAUAGCUGUGUAGGAUCAUGUUUCUAUUGUACAAUGUAUUGUGUGUGUAUAUACAGAAAACAUACAUAUGUUAAUUUACUUCCCUAAAUUCCAAAGUGGGAGGAGGCAUAUUGCCCCAAAUAUAAUGUACAUAUAAAAAAAAAGGAAGUAAAAAGGAAUCAGUUGGAUUACUUCAUACCUCAAAGAACUAUUGUUUUUGCAGACACGAUUUUAAAUGUUCAUGUUCAUUUAAUUUUUCGUUGCCUAUUGACUUGUUUAUUAAUCAGAGUCUAUGUUUUGCAUCAAUAAGAUUUGUGAUUCCUAUGCAAAUCAUAACGAAAGAUCAGACCAUUGCAUCAGAAUAGAAUAUAGAUAUAGAUGAUAUACUGUGUGUGUGUGUAUGUGUGUGUGUGUG